UGUGGCACUUUUUGCGAUUCCGAGUCUGGCUGUCAGUGUCAAGGAAGAACUGCAUCCUGGAAACACCUAAUAACCUGCUAUGAAAUCGCCCGAUCCAAGAAACAUUGUCCGUUACGUCCUUUGCUGAACGUCUGGUGUAGCUCAGCCAUCGCCCUCUUACACAGCCCUGAUGAGGGGAGAUGAGGUGUCAUAGUGUCCAGCAUGAACAUCCACACACUGGGGGGUGCUAUAGCCGACUCUCUGGGCCCUAGCCUGGCCGUGCGUAUGAGCGGAGCAGGCGGAGGGUGGAGUGGCGUGUCUCUAAAGCCCGCCGGGCGAAUCACCUCGCUGUUCCAGACCAUGGUUCCCACAGGAUACACCAAGCUCCAGGAGGAACGUCUGGCCCUGGCAGACCUGGGGCCCAAGCCCGAGGGCCCCAACCAAAAUGGCUAUCGAGCAGAACCCCCCCACCUGGAGGUCCGACGCCAUCCCGACCGGGCCGCGCGCUGCUCCAUCAGCCUGUCGGACUGUGGCGAUGGCCGCUACGCUGAGACAGAGCCCAUGCUUCCAGAGGGACGACUGUCAGGGGAAGAGGCGGAUGAAGAGGAGGAGGAGGAGGAAGAGGAGGAGGAAGGCCAGGGGUCCGCUACCCGGAAUAUGCCCAAGGAGUCUCCCCUUGCCAUGGCUUUGCAGAUACUAUUACCCUUCCUGCUGGCAGGGUUUGGCACCGUGUCAGCAGGCAUGGUGCUAGACAUUGUUCAGCACUGGGAGGCUUUCAGGUACAUCACAGAGAUCUUCAUCCUGGUUCCAGCCCUGCUUGGCCUGAAAGGCAACUUGGAGAUGACCCUUGCUUCCCGACUCUCCACAGCGGUGAACGUGGGAAAGAUGGACUCUCCAAUAGAGAAGUGGAAUCUGAUAAUAGGAAACCUGGCUCUGAAGCAGGUGCAGGCUACGGUGGUGGGCUUUCUUGCAGCGGUAGCAGCCGUGGUGCUGGGUUGGAUCCCAGAGGGAAAGUUUCAGAUGAGCCAUGCUGUGCUGCUAUGUUCAAGCAGUGUGGCCACGGCCUUUAUAGCCUCCCUGCUGCAGGGUUUCAUCAUGGUGGGUGUGAUCGUCGGCUCCAAGAAGACUGGCAUCAACCCCGACAACGUGGCCACGCCCAUCGCUGCCAGCUUUGGUGACCUCAUCACGCUGGCUAUCCUAGCCUGGAUCAGCCAGGGCCUCUAUAACUGCCUGGAUUCGUACCCAUACGUGUCAUCCCUGGUCUGUGCCUUCUUCCUGUCUCUGACCCCAGUGUGGAUGGUCAUUUCUUCCAAACACCCGGCCAGCCGAACGCUGCUCUACUCCGGCUGGGAGCCUGUCAUAACGGCUAUGGUCAUCAGCAGUAUCGGAGGGCUCAUCCUGGACAAAACCGUGUCAGACCCAAACUUGGCGGGGAUUGUGGUGUACACACCUGUCAUAAACGGUAUCGGGGGGAACCUAGUGGCCAUCCAGUCCAGCAGGAUUUCCACUCACCUCCACUUCCACAGUGCCCCUGGGGAGGUCCCUGAAGAGGCCAAGGGCUGCUACUAUCCCUGCCGCACCUUCUGUGGUACAGGUGCCAACCAUCGUUCAGCUCAGGUGCUGCUCCUGUUGGUGGUCCCGGGUCAUCUGAUCUUUCUUUACACCAUCCACCUGAUGAAGAGUGGACACACCACCCUGACCCCGAUCUUCAUGACCGUCUACCUGGCUGCUGCCCUCUUACAGGUGUUCCUGUUGCUCUGCAUAGCAGACUGGAUGGUGUACUCAAUGUGGCGCAGUGGGAAAGACCCAGACAGCUUCUCCAUCCCCUACCUUACCGCCCUGGGAGACCUGCUGGGCACUGCUCUCCUGGCCCUCAGCUUCCACUUCUUAUGGGUCAUCGGCGAUCAGGAUAGCGACGUGGGGGACUGAACCCUCUUCCCCAACGCCUGAUGAAGAGGGGUGAAGGGUCACGCCUGUGCCUAUACCACCCCCCCCCCCCCUCUCUGACUCCAGCCCAACCUCUCUUUUCCUCUUUUCCCUUCCCUUUUGUGUGGCUGGGAGGAGGCGGUACGCCAUGUGGCUUGGAACAUUCCUUUGCUCCUAUUGAACAGAGCGAGCAGUGCUUAUCAAGGGGCUUUUGAAAGACAAUGAGGUGCUACAGAUGGGGGGGAAUUUACUUGUUUUUCUCCAACUGGCUUUUGUACAGACACCGGUAACACUGUUGGAAAGACAUCCUCUUACUCAUGAGAUUUUGUUUCAUCCAUAUGUAUGUAUAUUUAGCACCAUCAUUCGUGUUUCUACUCAGAAGUUAAUUGAUAGGCAGGGGAAGGGGCAACAGAGGGUGACAAAAUAGACAAAAGUCAAAAGUAACAUUCAUUGUUUCUCUGUCUGCACCUAGUUUUGCAUGAUACAGUAUAAUCGCACAUUCUCGAUUUAAAAUCAUGGAGGAAAGCAAUUUAAAAGAAAGUAUACGAUGGAUGUUUUAACCUCUGUCUCUUCUGUCUCGCUGAUUGGGUCCAGUCAAACACAGUAGAAAGAUGGACCCACCAUCAUGUCAUUUUGACAAUGUACGUUUACAUGCUGUUUACUUGUAUUUAGGUGUAGUGACGCUCUCUGACAUGAUUCCAAUGAAAUGUGCCUCUUGAGAUUCACAGGUCGACAAGGGGUUUAUUCCAUCUCGGGAUUUCUUUGUUUUUUCUUCUCAAAACAUUAUCUUCAAAUAAACAAAAUAUUGCUUUAGUUUUUAUAUUCCUAAUUUGUUAAGUAAAAGAUGGCCAAAAAAAAUCUUCA